GUCAGACCCUGUGCUUCCUGGAGACAGAGCAAGCUGGGGAGAGACUGUCAGUGGCAUAGAGACAGCGAUCCAUACAGGGCAGAGAGACGGCAGGAGAGUGUCAGAGAGGAGGAGACACCCUGAGAGCACCUACACACAGCAGAGAUGUCCUCUCACCCUGUACAUGGGCUGCCAUUCCUGCCAGGGAACACCUACAGGGACCCAACUAAAUCUGCCUUCCACCGCACUCAGACGCUGACAUACAGAAAUGGCUUUACCCGCCCCGUACUUCCCACUGUAGGGAGCGGGCGGGAUCCAAUCACGGUGAACCAGUUGUCACAGGCGGAGCUGGACGAGCUAGCCAACAAAAGACCUACGCUGACCUACGGACAGGCAAAGCAGGCCCCUCCGUCCACCUUCAUCCCCAGCCACGUGGCGUUCGACAAGAAGGUAUUAAAGUUUGACGCUUACUUCAAGGAGCUCGUUCCUAUCUCUCAAGAUGAAACCUAUAGAGUGCGGAGAGUGUGUUUAUAUUACUACCUGGAGGACGACAGUAUAUCAGUGGUGGAGCCCCCGGUGGAGAACUCUGGAAUACCUCAGGGCACAUUUCUCAAGCGUCAGAGACAGCCGAAGAAUGACAACGGGGAUCCCUACCACUGGAAAGACCUUAAUGUGGGCAUCAACAUCACCUUCUAUGGCAGGACGUUCCGUACUGUCAGCUGUGACAGAUUCACACAGGACUUCUUAGAGAGUGAGGGCAUCGAAUUAAACCCACCUGAGGACAUACCUUCCGACCACUACACCAUGAUCCGCAAACAGCCCGAUUAUUCAUCCAUCACCCCGUCCGACUUCGACAAGCUCAAGCAAUUCCUGACCAUGGACCGAAAGGUCCUGCGUUUCUUCUCACUGUGGGAUAACUCGGAGAGUAUGUUUGGCGAGACUCUCCCGGUCAUUAUACACUAUUAUCUGGUGGACGACACUGUGGAGGUCAGGGAGGUCCAUGAAAGAAAUGAUGGAAGAGACCCCUUCCCCGUGCUGAUGAAACGGCAGCACUUACCGAAAUCUGUGAAAGAUCUAAAAGACACCUUCCCCAAGUGCGUCUUGGAAAUAUCCGACAAGGAGGUCACUGAGUGGUACUCGCCCCAAGAUUUCAUUGUGGGCGAUUACAUCACCAUCAUGGGGCGCCGGUUUUUCCUGUACGACUGCGAUGCUUACACCAAAGACUUCUAUCGGGAGAAACUUGGGAUGCCGGACGUGAAACGCGUCGACGUGAAGAAAAAGGAGGAAGAGGAAGUGAGGCAGGAGAUUCCUCCUUACAACGGCUUUGGCUUGCUGGAAGACUCCCUUCAGAACUGUCUUACUCUGGUUCCCAAGCCCCCCAAGAAAGACGUGAUUAAAAUGCUGGAGAAUGACCACAAGGUGCUGCGAUACGCAGCCGUUCUGGACUCCAUGAACCCUGUAGACAAAGGGAGGCGCUUUAUCCUGCACUACUAUCUGUCUUACGAUAUGAUCAGUAUCUUUGAACCCCAAGUCCGCAACUCUGGCAUCAUUGGAGGGAAAUUCCUAGAAAGAAUCAAAGUUCUCAAACCAGGCUCCACCAUUGACAACCCAAGCUACUACGGGCCGGCUGACUUCUCCAUCGGUGCUAUGGUAGAAGUCUUCAGGUACAGAUUUAUCAUCACGGAUGCGGACAGGUAUGUUUUAAACUACAUCAAGGAGAACAAAGAUCGGUUCCCCUCUGAAGUACUGAAUUCAUUGGAGAGACACUUCCACCUGCAGGCCCAGGAUGGAGAAAGAGUCCCAGGUGCAACCGAUACCCAGGAGACGUCAGAUUCACCAACUGCGAGGAAUGCUCUGAUCAUCUAACCAGCGACGUCAGUGCAGGAGAUGAACCACAAACACCAGCAUCCUUCUCCGUUUACACUCAGAAGAGGAAUGGAUAUUUAUUUUAUGCCCUUAUUAAAACCUGUAACACAAAAAAGGUCUUUCCCCAUUGAUCACUUCAGUCACUGACUAAACAAUAAAGUAAAUUAUAUACCGACACUCA